UUGCUUAAGCUCAAAGUCUGCCGCUUUUGUCUUUAAAAACUUUGAAUAGUUGCUGACAAGUCUGAAUAUCCGCAACGCGCAACUGAAACUCCCGGAAAAGAUCUGCCACGCCUCACGACAAUACUCGGUUUCUUCUCUUCCUCAUCGGUUCUGUUUCUCGUCUUCUGUAAAAAAUACGUCGGAUUGACCCGAUAGAUUUCGUCGAUGCAAAUCGUGUUUCAUUGAGACGGGUCUUUCUUAUUUCCCCUUCUAGAUUCGAAAGGUGUGUCCUUUUUUAGUUUAUUCCAUUGGCUUGAAUCUCGGCUUCAUUUUCUGAUUACCCCUCCUCUGGAUUUUCCCGGAAAAAACAAAAUAUUCAGUCGGUUUCUUUUCUCACUACGAAUAUCGAGGAACAUAGAUCUUGAUUCCUUUUCUUCUUCUUCUGGGUAUGCGGGUUUGGAGUUGUUUAAUCUCAUUGGUGUCUACGCGUUGUGGAAAUCUAUGAGUACGAAGUCGGUUACUUAUUGGUUCAUUGGAUCUCGACUGGUUAAGCCUGAGGCUGAGUGUGGAUUCGAUUAGGGUUUAAGAUUUGUGUAAAGAUGUUAAGAUCUUUAGGUCUUGGAUUGCUUCUGUUUGCUCUUCUGGCUCUGGUUUCUGGAGAUAACGAUUACGUGAGCUGUAACUGUGACGACGAAGGGUUCUUAAGUGUCCACACGAUCCUAGAAUGUCAAAGAGUGAGUGAUCUCUUAAUCGCCAUUGCCUAUUUCUCAAUACCUCUCGAGCUUCUCUAUUUCAUUAGCUUCUCCAACGUUCCUUUCAAAUGGGUUCUUGUUCAAUUCAUCGCCUUUAUCGUCCUCUGUGGUAUGACUCAUUUGCUAAACGCUUGGACAUACUACGGACCACAUUCGUUUCAGUUGAUGCUAUGGCUCACCAUCUUCAAAUUCCUCACGGCUCUUGUCUCGUGCGCCACGGCGAUCACGCUCUUGACUUUGAUUCCUCUGCUGUUGAAAUGGAAAGUUAGAGAGCUUUAUUUGAAGCAGAAUGUGUUGGAGCUUAACGAAGAGGUUGGAUUGAUGAAGAGGCAGAAGGAAAUGAGUGUUCAGGUGAGAAUGCUUACUCGGGAAAUCAGGAAAUCGCUCGAUAAGCACAUGAUUCUCCGGACUACUCUCGUCGAACUAUCCAAGAUUCUUGAUUUACAGAACUCUGCAGUUUGGAUGCCUAACGAAAACAGAACCGAGAUGCAUCUGACUCAUGAGCUAAGAGCGAAUUCGAUGAGGAGUUUCAGGGUGAUCCCGAUUAACGAUCCUGAUGUUGUUCAGGUUAGGGAAGCAAAAGUAGUUGCGAUUUUGAAGAAAAACUCUGUUCUUGCGAUCGAGAGCAGCGGUUGUCGCGGUUCAGAAGAGUUUGGUCCGGUUGCUGCGAUUCGUAUGCCAAUGCUUCACGGAUCAAAUUUCAAAGGAGGCACUCCUGAGUUUGUUGAUACUUCCUAUGCUAUCAUGGUUUUGGUACUUCCUAAUGCGAAUUCACGGGUUUGGACCGAUAAAGAGAUCGAGAUAGCUGAAGUUGUUGCUGAUCAGGUAGCGGUUGCUCUCUCUCACGCAUCGGUUCUCGAAGAGUCGCAGUUGAUGAGAGAGAAACUAGGUAUUCAAAACCGAGCUUUGCUUCGAGCUAAGCAGAACGCGAUGAUGGCGAGUCAAGCGAGGAACACUUGCCAGAAAGUGAUGAGUCAUGGAAUGAGGAGACCGAUGCACACAAUUCUCGGUCUUCUUUCCAUGUUUCAAUCGGAAAGUAUGAGUCUUGACCAGAAAAUCAUAGUUGAUGCACUCAUGAAGACAAGCACGGUCCUUUCGGCUUUGAUCAACGACGUGAUUGACAUUUCGCCUAAAGAUAACGGGAAAUCUCCAUUAGAGGUAAAAAGGUUUCAGCUUCAUUCGUUGAUAAGAGAAGCCGCUUGCGUCGCAAAAUGCUUGAGCGUUUAUAAAGGCUACGGUUUUGAGAUGGAUGUUCAAACGCGUUUGCCUAACUUAGUAGUGGGAGAUGAAAAGAGAACGUUUCAGCUUGUGAUGUAUAUGCUUGGGUAUAUCUUGGAUAUGACUGAUGGAGGCAAAAUCGUCACGUUCCGGGUUAUCUCUGAAGGUACUGGAAGUAGUCAGGACAAGAACAAAAGAGAGACUGGAAUGUGGAAAUCGCAUUUGUCGGAGGAUUCUCUCGGUGUUAAGUUUGAAGUUGAGAUUAAUGAGAUUCAGAAUCCUCCAUUGGAUGCCUCGGCUAUGGCAAUGAGACAUAUUCCGAACAGGAGGUAUCACAGCAAUGGAAUCAAGGAAGGCUUGAGCUUAGGCAUGUGUAGAAAACUUGCACAGAUGAUGCAAGGAAACAUAUGGAUAUCACCGAAAUCGCAUGGACAAACACAGAGUAUGCAACUAGUUCUGAGGUUUCAGACAAGGCCUUCAAUUAGAAGAUCAAUAUUAGCAGGAAAUGCUCCAGAGCUUCAGCAUCCGAAUUCAAACUCGAUCCUCCGUGGUCUAAGAAUCACUCUAGCAGACGAUGAUGACGUGAACAGAACCGUAACCAAGAGGCUUCUGGAGAAACUCGGGUGCGAAGUGACAGCUGUAUCGUCUGGAUUCGAGUGUUUGAGUGCGUUGUCGAAUGUUAAAAUGUCGUAUAGGGUUGUGAUUCUGGAUCUGCAGAUGCCAGAGAUGGAUGGUUUUGAAGUAGCGAUGAAGAUAAGGAAGUUUUGUGGACAUCAUUGGCCAUUGAUUAUAGCUUUAACUGCGAGUACUGAAGAUCAUGUUAGGGAGAGGUGUUUGCAAAUGGGGAUGAAUGGUAUGAUUCAGAAACCUGUUCUUUUGCAUGUUAUGGCUUCUGAGCUUAGACGGGCUUUACAGAGCGCAAGCGAGUGAAGUGAAGCGAGCUCAUAGAAGAAGCAAGAAUUGAGAACCUUGAAAAAGAAUCAAGAAUCUGAGGAAAUCAAGAAAUGAUGGAAGCCAGAGUGAGAGGAUUCUUUGAAAAUGUGAAGCAAAGGAAACAACUAUUGGGGACGUGUUUUUUGUUGUUGUUAUUGUCUCUGUUCUACGAUGAUGAAAAGGUUGGUUUUGGACCUUUUGGUCCCAAACUUUUUAUACGUAAUGCUUCGCAUUUUAAGCGAACAAUAAUAUAAAUUUAUUAUAUUAAA